UCAUUGGCGUCGAUUCACGGUCGCGAGAAAGUAAACAACGCCGCGUAACGUGGAAAUCUGUUGGUGGUGCGUAUGGAACGGGUUUCUAUAGCAACUGCAAUGACCCAAUCUACUGAAAAUUUGUGAAGUUAAAACGUGCUUUUUUUGUGGAAAAAUACGCUUCUGCUAAGCCUGCUUUUGGGUUUUGCACCAUUUUUAGUUGCAGGAAACGUUUCAAAGUUACAUAAUUUUUCCAAGAAAUCAAUGUCUCCUGAACGUCCCGGCUCGGUUCAAAGUGAUACCGCGCCGCCCACACCUCGCAUGUCGGUACCCGGAAGCCCAAUUGCUCUAACUCCGGCUCAUCACGCACAAUCCCCGAUCUCAAUUUUACUGGCUGUUGCCCAAAGCCAAAAAGGCCCCGACGACGAUCUCACCAGCCUUUCCUGGCUCCACGAAGGAGAUGUGCUGAAAGGUGGAAACUUUUUCCUUGGGAUGAAUAUCAAUACGUCUCCUGUGAGCAACAGCACUUCGACACCUGUGAAGAGUACUGUUUCGUUUCUUCCCGAUCAAUCGCCGACUAGCGACUAUGUCGAUGAUUCUUCCAUUAGCACUCCCGAGUCUUCCACGUAUAGCGCAGUGAAUUCUCCAACGCCACGAGGCCAAGCGUUUGCCGCAACAAAUCAGAGCAAUGGAAAUAGCAAUGGAAGCGGCAAUUACAACUCUCGGAUCAGCAAUAUACCAUACGAUCCACUGAUCCACAUACAAAACAAGCCACCGUACUCAUUUUCUUGUCUCAUCUUCAUGGCGAUCGAGGAUUCCAAACAGAAAGCGCUGCCGGUUAAGGAAAUCUACGCCUGGAUCUUGGAUCAUUUUCCCUAUUUCAAAAAUGCACCCACCGGCUGGAAGAACAGCGUGCGACAUAAUCUAUCAUUGAACAAGUGCUUCCAGAAAGUGGAAAAGGCGCCAGUAAGUACUAAAAAUUUGGGGAAAGGAUCGCUUUGGACUGUGGAUCCGCAAUACAAACCGAAUCUGAUCCAGGCUCUAAAUCGAUCGCCCUUCCAUCCAUGCUCAACGAUCGAUCCGAGCGUCUAUAUGAUUUCUUCAAAAGCCGCGCAUUCGUCGAAUAAAGAAGAUCGAACGGGUCUGACAAACAGAAGUACAAAUCUGCCUAAUCCGGAACUGUUCCCGUUUUUGAGCAAAAAGCUUGCUGCUUCCGGGUUAUCGGCGGAUGGAAUGAAAAUCAAAACCGAACAGGAGGAGUCUCUGGAUGCAGCAGAUGCAGCUGCAGUUAUGUUAAGUCUGAAGCACGCAACCAGAAUUUACAGCAAACAGGAAAUGCAGGUGAUUACAACGUCUCCAAGUCAGGACCACACUUACAGCGCUGCUGAUAGCGGAGACAACGAGGACGAGGCCUUCGAAAGCGAUGAAGACAAAAGACGGAUAAAAUUAGCUCGACGGAAAAUAGACUUUGAAGGCGACGAGGAGAGGAGAAUUAAAGAAGGCGCCGAAACGCUGUUAAAAUUGGCUGGAAUUGCUACUUAUAAAAGGUCAAUGAUAAAUGGCGACUACGAGCCUCAACCAAAAACUGUGCGUUAUAUGAACGGACAUGAGGAAAACGGUUGUGAAGAUCAGAAACAUGUCCCUUUCAAGCCUCGAUUAUUAAGGGCAAAAAGAAAGGAAAAUGAAUCGCCUAAGAGGGUGUUCAACAACAACCAGGACGAGUGGUUGAAACAUAGACGCGAACUCGACAUAGAUCAGUCGAGGUAAUAAACAGUGAGAACGUAGUAGAUUCGCGUGGUUAGAAAACCAUUCAGGUAAAUUUGAAAGUGGUUUCCUACAUAAAUGCUUUUUACUGGUCCAAUAAAUUAUUUCCUUCUAGUCCUAGUAAAUUUCGAGGCUUUUGCUGAAAAUUUGGUUUCAAGUCACAGUUCAUGUAUGAAACCACAUGUAGUUAGAAUAUUUUGUCUAAGAAAGUUGUUAAAAGAUAUUUGAAAUGGGUUCUUAUAUAAUUUUUUUGUGACUUUUUACUGCCUCUUAGGAUUGUUUUGUUUUGGUCUAUACCUGACUGAAGAAUAACUUAUUUCACUUGUUUAAUAUUUUUUACAGAAAUUGUACAGCUUUGGAACAUCAAAAAAUUCGGUUGAAUUAUUAUAUUUAAUAUAAUAUUUCAACUUUAUUGUAUUUAAUAUAAUGCGCCGCAUUACGUCAACAAUUUACUAUUGUAUACACUUACUCCUGGAGAAUUAAACAUGUUUUUUACUAAAAUUGCGGUAAACCUUAAAUUACAUUUAGAAACAAUGUUUAUAAGGCUGUAUGACCUGUAAAAAGCUCACCGUCAUAAAAUUAAAUCUAGGAGAAAGUAAUUGUAAAGAAAGAUAUAUGAAAAAAUAAUGUAAAAUUUAUAUAUAUUUUAUUAAUUUAAAUGUUGUUGGAAUAUUUAUUACUGUGUUUAUAAUUUAAAACGACUUUCCUACAUGAUUAUGUACGUUCUGUGAACUUCUUGGACUACAUUUUGAAAUAUUGCUCAAUGUUGAGUUAUACAGUAUUUUCGAGAAGAUUAUUUAACAAAUUUCGAGUAAAUUUUCCAGGAAGAUCAAAUGGGGCUCGGAUUUGUCUUCAUGUUUUUCAUAUUUUUGACCACUGACUUAUGAAACUAAGAUGAGGGAAAAUACCGCUUUUGGUAUCGAGGAAUCGGACAUAUCUAAUUAUCUCUUAAUUACUAAUUUAAGGGCUUGAAGCAUACGCGAUUUACAUUUAUUGGGCAUAUUACCUUUUUUCUCAAAUAUGAAUUUUGUAAUUUACCUUGUCUCCUUGUAUAUUAUUUGAUAAUAAACCAUUUGUUGACAGGCUAUAGGUAUAUUUUGAAAAAUGCCUAGUUAUUUUGUACGGCUGUUUUUUACUGUUUGACUUGAAGUUCGAAUAUUCCUAGAUUUUAAUGUUUUCUGAAAUAGUGUAAUUUUUUUCCAAAAAAUGUUUGUCCCAGUGACUAUUUGCGCUUCACCACUAAACUUUUGCACAUAUUUUUCCAAUCUUUAUAGCUCCUUUGUGAGCGUUUAGUCAAAUUUUUUCCAGUCUGUAUUGUAUUUAUAGAGCUUGUUAGACAUAAUGGUUUGUUAUAUCAACGGUUAACUUCCCAGAUUUUUUGAUAAAUUUAUUUUGCGCCCUAAUACUUGCCUUUUUUAAGGACUCGAAUUAAGAUGUCAAUGCAUGAUUAUACUAAUCUAUGUCUACCGCGAAACGACUUGGAAUAUUUAUAUUUGUCUUGGUCAGAAAUAUGUAAUUCAUGUGCGUUAUUAUUGCCAAAAUUUGUUACAUUGAAAGUAGUAUAUCAAAACUGAACUUGAUAAGCAAUACACAUGCAUCUGCGAAAUGUGGAACAUUUUUAAAUUGGUUUUCGCAAUGAGUCAAUGGGAAAAUUGUGUAAUUUUGGGUUUACUCUUUCGUUAAAUAAAUUCAUUUGUUACCAAUUGGAGCGGCCAGUGUGUUCCACAUUUCAAUGUGAUAAAUGUUCUAGUGCUCUUCCUAAUAUUUAAAAAAAACUAGCUAUUUUACAUAAUUUACCAUCAGCGAAAAAUUAAAUUUCAAAUCUAUUUACAAAAUGUUAUUGUGUGCUCCUGCUACUGCUAGACUUUACUUCUACACUGUUCUGAUAUACAAAUUGGCGCAUUUGUUUUUCAAAUGUCUAGUGCACAUUAAUCUGUUUUUAAUUUAAGGCUGAAUUUUUCUUUUAAUUUUUUUAGUACAAAUUUCUUUAUCACCGACUUAUUUAAAUUAUUGUUGUUAAAGGCUACAAUUUAGUGUCUAUGGUGAGAAUGAUAAAAUACUAUGUGAUUUUCGAUAAAACAAAUGACGCGCUUUAAAUAGUUUUUGUAGCCGAUUGCUAUAAACACUCUAUAUUUCUUAAAACGAUUAAGGUAUGUGUAUAAAGGCUGUGUUUUAAACUUUCAUUUUUAAACAAUUAUUAACACUGUACACCUGUAAAGCAUCAUUUCUGAACGUAAUGCAUUUAUCUAAUGUCUUCUAGAUAUGAACGGCUUCGUGUACACUGCGACUUUUUAUAGUUUUUUGCCAAUAUUCAAAAUAAAUAAAUACUUUUGUCUUUAUCAUUGUACAUACAAAUACAUAAUAGUGCUUUUACCGGUGUAAUAUCAACCAAUAUUUUAAAAAUUAUUAAUUGCAACUGAAAUGAACAUGUUGCAUGCUCAUUUCGAUUAAAUGAAAUUGGAAUAGCAAUACUUUGUAGGCAAGAUUUUGCUUCUCUUUGUCUUUUCACAAAAAUGUGCCAAAUUCAGAGUGAUUACUAUUAUUAAAUCAAGUGGAACUACAUUCAGAUAGCAAUAUUUUGCUUUCAGUUGGAAAAUUUUGCAUUGUUUUCAUAAACCGGAAGUAAUUUUUGCUUUGGUGUUGCUGUUACGUAAAACUCCGGACAACUGAGUUUUUCUUCAAUAUUCAAAUUGUUAAAUGUUCUUAAUGAUCACUGGUGAAAAUUUUUUGCUUUUUGUUCUAUAAAUGGGUAAAACAGCGAGCGCGUUUGCCGGCUAUUUUAUCUCUGUCUUCCAAUUUAAUUGAUAAGAACACAAGUGAUAUA